CGUGUCAUAUGCCUUGUGGAUCGAAAUCACCAGUACAGUUGGCUUCUGUUCACGAGGCGUCCCAGGGACCGGCCGAUCAUAAGCGACAGAAGUUGGUUAGGUCCCGAUCCUUCCGGCGACCUCCUGAGUAAGUCAGGUUUGCAUGAUAAAUUAAUCAGAUGGGCGUAUACAAGGUCUGUUUUUGCUUCUCAUAUUGAUAUUCUCAUUGGCAUUCCUGGUCAUGAAAUCUUUGCUGCUCUACGCGACCCUCCCCCUGUCAUGGGUGACUGCCUUCUCCUUCAAUGCCUACGAUUUGGGCUUUCAUGGCCUGUACCCGCGUCAAAAGUUUCAUUCUGUUGAUUAUCGGCCGCCUGCUCCCGUGAUAAAGCAAUGGGAUUCCCGAUGCGACCCGGGAAACCUUCUUCUCACUCCGCGGGGUCCCUUCGUGACUGGGCAGGCACGUGGUCCUGUCAUGCUUGAUCCGAAGGGUAACCUUAUCUGGAUGGACAACCAAGAGUUCAUGCAGGCCCUGAACUUUAAUGUGCAGAAGUAUAAGGGUCAGGACUAUUUGACCUUUUGGACCAAGAGCAAGAAAGGGCGCCACCCUGGCCGGCCCAAAAAGUCAUAUGUGAUGCUUGACGCUUCGUACGAAGUUGCCUAUAGGAUAUAUCCGCAUGGGAAAGGCCUCAAAGGAGAUUCUCAUGAGUUUCGCAUCACCCCACAAGGUACUGCCCUUAUAACGAUAUACCAUAAACGGAAAGCGGACUGUACCGAUUUGAAAUUGGGCAAAAGCUGCUGGAUCCAAGAUGGUAUUUUCCAAGAAAUCGACAUCGAGACCGGCGAUUUACUCUUUGAAUGGAGAGCAACAGACCACAUCCCCAUGAGCCAUGUGUUUAGCAGUCCUUCAAGAAAGGAUGGACAUGGAAAAUCGAAAAAGGACGCCUUUGAUUUCUUCCACAUCAACAGUGUCGACAAGAUUGAAUCUGGAGAUUAUAUCAUCUCUGCCCGUUACAUGCAUGCUGUGGUGUGCAUCAGUGGGAAGACAGGUGAAGUCCUAUGGCAACUGGGAGGCAAGAGCAAUAGCUUUCAAGAUCUCAACGGCGCCACCGACUUUGCCUGGCAACAUCAUGCAACAUGGCUGGGCAACAACACAAUGUCGGUCUUUGACAACCAUGCCAACAACGUCUUCCAUAGCCCAUCCUCGCACAGCAAGGGCAUGAUUAUUCGGCUCGACAUGGAAAACAUGACUGCGAGUCUCGUCCAGAAGUACGUCCACCCCGACGAGAUCCUCAAUGUAUCCCAAGGCUCUGUGCAACUGCUUCCCGAAAGCGGGAAUGUGCUGGUCGGAUUUGGCAAUUCCCCAACCUACAUCGAGUAUUCGGCGGACGGCGAGGUCCUUUGCGAUGCACACUUCGCACUCCACCUCAUCUUCGAGAUUCUCGACUUCGGAUUCGUGAAGUCGUACCGAGUGUUCAAGAGUCCGUGGGUCGGAAGGCCAAAGACGGUCCCGGACGUGAAAAUCAAGAAUCAGAAAGUCUACGUGAGUUGGAAUGGAGCGACCGAGGUGAGAGAAUGGAGAUUAGAGACCGCUCAUGCCUCGGACGCCGAGGGUCACGAAUUUGCAACAAUUCACCAAUUGGAGCGUGACGGAUUCGAGACGAGCUUGCCCCUGGACAAGGCCAACCGGUAUGUGAGGGUUGCGGCUUUGGACGCCGCGAGAGAGGUGCUGGCAUAUUCGACCGUGGUCCGGACUCAUUCCUCUUCAACGGGCUCUGUCCUACGGGCACUCUUGAUCGUUAUUACGUUCAGCGUCUUGGCUAUCUUUUUUCUAUACCGAAAAUCCCGUGGACUUGCGCAACUCCCACUUCGGUCACGUCCACUACGUUUUCCGAAUAUUUCUGCUCUCAGAGCCCGUCUGAUGCACAGGUAUGCAAGGAGGGAUAUGGAGUCUGAGCCGGAAUCAGAUCCCUUACUCCUAGACGAGCGAAAUCUUUGAGCCAUGUUGUAUAGCAAAAUUUUCUAAUGUCUAUUCUACUCUCGCAUCCGCGCCCGAAAAUUUUGUACUACAACUGUGAGAAUACUGGCGGAGCGUCACUUCCCUCAAGGGAUUUAUGCAACCUCUUCGGAGACUUCCGUCGCCGCUGUCGUCGGUGUUCACGGACUUGAGUCAUCACACGAGGUUUUGCCCGUUCGAGAAAA